AUGAAUAAUGAUAUGAGAAGCUUUCAGUUUCAUGAUCAUAAUCAGCAAAGGAGUGAUGAUCCUAUGGUGGCCGGAUCUUUUCCUCUUAGGUUCUCCAUGGAUGCUCAAGUAAGUGAUAGUAAUCUCCAGGUGAGUAGUCAAACUGGUCAAACUCCUUCUAAACCGAGCCGAAGAUCAAGAUCCAGAGUUUCUAAAAAGACACCCACAACACUGCUUAAUGCAGACGCCACUAAUUUUCGAGCCCUGGUUCAGCACUUCACGGGCUGCCCUGUGCACCGACGCACCGGGCCGGUUAACUUGAGUUUUGGCUCAGCCGCGCCUUUGUCUUCUUCUUCUUCUUCUUCUUCCUCCAUGGCUGCAGCUACCAGCUAUCAUCAGCAUCAGCAUCAAUCACUGUAUGAUAUUCAUCAUGAUCGGCAGCAGCAAAAUCAUGUUAUAAGCAGUACUGGUCAAGCAGUAAUUUCUUCUUCAUCCGCUUUACCUACUGAUGUUAACAUGGAAAAUUUUGAAGGGUUUUUCUCGGAUGACGUUCCUUUAACUCGAUAUUAUUAG